AUGAGACUCAUCAAUACCAGCACUGGCGCCUUGGAAGAGUUUAUCGGGAUGAACAUCCCCCCCGACGCGAUCCUUUCCCACACAUGGGAGGAGGAGGAGGAGGAGGAGGAGGUAUCCCUUCGGGACAUGAGCGACCAAUCUUGUAAGAGCAAGAAAGGCUACCGCAAGAUCGAAAUGACUUGCCAGUUUGCGGCCCAAGAGGGGAUUAACUACGCAUGGGUGGACACACGCUGUAUUGACAAGUCUAGCAGUGCCGAGCUCACUGAAGCUAUCAAUUCCAUACCUUCCUGCAUCCGCAUUUCUGGAUACGGCGCUCCCAAGCUGCCGACACCAACUUCUUCGAUCGAGACUGGAACAACAGAGGCUCGAAACAAGAUCUGGUCAGAGCGCUCUAAGAUCACAGGGAUCAAGCCCGCCAUUCUGUCCCAUGCCCAACCGCUCUCAUCCGUAGCCGUCGUUCAGAAGAUGUCCUGGGCCGCAAACCGGACAACGACCCGCAUGGAAGAUACGGCAUACUGCCUGCUGGGCAUCUUCGACAUCAACAUGCCUCUUUUAUACGGUGAAGAGGAGAAGGCAUUUCGGCGACUGCAAGAAGAGAUCAUCAGGUCCACCCCUGACUUGAGCAUAUUUGCCUGGACAUGGCUUCCAAACACUAAAAAUACCGGAAAACCCAACAGCCUUUUGUUUUCUGGUGUCCUAGCCAAAUCACCGCUUGUCUUCUUUCAGGGUAUAUCAUUGGAGAAACGACCAGGUCAUGACUGGCGAGAACUUUCGGUUUCAAACGGCAGCAUUAAAACUCAAGUACAGAUAGUUUCUGAGCGAAUCCCGGGCAAGAGAGGAACCAGAUACCUAUUGCCACUCGACUGCUCUAGAGAGCCCAACCAAUUGCUCGCGGUGCGACUGAGAAAGUGUGGUCCCGACCAGUUCAUUAGAGAGGAUCCAUGGGCUGUGGUGGAAUACUCGGAAGAUCUCUGGGUAAAUGCCCCGAAGGAGCAAUACCUCCUGACAGAGCUCCCCAAGGUUUCGCGGCCACCGGAGUCUCCCUUCUUAGAUAUGAGCCUUUUCAUAGGCCAAACGCGGUCACACUUUGUGCAAGUCCAGCUUCGGGACGAAUUGGAGAUAGACGACACAUGGCCAUGGGGUCGGCGCUUCGAUAGUCAGGAUAGACUGUUUUUCGUGUCCGGGGAUCCCAGAUGGGACUCGGGCGCCAUGAGAGUAGGCGCAAAUUUCAGCUUGCCAAAUGGUCGGCGUAAAACCGAAGUCGAAUUCGAGUGCAUGUUGUACUUGGUAGGCUGGUCCUCGCUGGAUAUCAGCCACCUCCAGUGCACGGUGAUGGACUAUAGGGCACAUGCCACGGCCUUGAAAGCCUUACAGUCUCGAAUUGCGGCCUGGGACCACAAUAGAAUGCAGGUCCUAUAUCAGCUGGCAUACCACGACAUUCCGAAAACAUCCUUGGCCGUGUUCAAAAUCCCAGGAAUCAAAGCCAGCGCUGUUGUUUCGUUUACGCCAACCGUAGUGAAUGAUCCACGCAUUUGUCAGAACAGAUUCUGGGGGGUCGAGUUUUUCUGUGAAGUUUACGAGGAGAAGUAUCUUCCUCAAGUUCAGCAUGGGGAAUGGCAAUUCUAG